CCGCGCUGUAUCUGCUGAGUCCGAUGUGAGGUGAAUCUCCGUCGGCAUCAAGAAACUGCACCGGUCGUCAACUUUUCCACUUAUUUCCCCCAUAUUACAAAGAUGAUUAAUAACCCUCCACUGAUGGAUCUGUUCUUGUAAAUCGUUCGUUCGACACUGAAGUUGCAGAAGUUUGAUACGUUUCCAGGUGAGCCAUGAGCACGAAUUGUCAACGGAGAGUACCGGAGUGACGGAGGCGACAUGCCCCGUUGGGACGUGCCUGUGACCGGGGAGGCUUAUGGAAUAUAGCCCGCCGCGUCCCAGCCCGCGUUGCCGCAAGAAGAAGGCGCUCGUCCUCAGCAUCAUGCUCUUCAUCUGGAUCUUCGUGCUCUACUCCUGCGUGGGUCCCUGCUCCACGGGAGUGCUGCUGGACUCGCCCCGGGACCGGGAUGGGGCUCCGGUGACGGGCGAGAGGACCGAGCGUGCCGAUCUGCUCUCCAGGCUCCGGUGGGAGGACGUGGACUACUACGAGGAGCCGGCGGCCGCCCGCGGAGCCGCAUCCCGGGACUUGCUGCUCACCGACGAGCCGGAACCCCGGGUCCCGGAGCCUAGCCCCAUGUCGAGCUUCUCCAACGGCGCCGGGAGUAAGAAGCUGCCGCAGGCAAUCAUCAUCGGGGUGAAGAAGGGAGGCACCCGGGCGCUGCUCGAGUUCCUGCGGGUGCACCCGGACAUCAGGGCUGUUGGGGCAGAGCCGCACUUUUUCGACCGCAACUACGACAAUGGCCUGGAGUGGUACAGGGAUCUGAUGCCCAAGACCCUGGAAGGCCAGAUCACCAUGGAGAAGACCCCCAGCUAUUUCGUGACCAAAGAAGCGCCCGCCCGGAUCUCGGCCAUGUCGCGGGAUACCAAGCUGAUCGUGGUGGUGCGGGAUCCGGUCACCCGGGCCAUCUCGGACUACACUCAGACGCUGUCCAAGAAGCCCGACAUUCCGUCCUUCGAGAGCCUCACCUUCAAGAACAGGACUACGGGCCUCAUCGACACGUCAUGGAGCGCCAUCCAGAUCGGCAUCUACGCCAAGCACCUGGACAACUGGCUGCAGUACUUCCCCAUGGAGCAGAUCCUGUUUGUGAGCGGCGAGCGGCUCAUCAGCGACCCGGCCGGCGAGCUGGGACGCGUUCAGGACUUCCUGGGCCUCAAGCGCAUCAUCACUGACAAACAUUUCUACUUCAACCAGACCAAGGGGUUCCCGUGCCUAAAGAAGGCGGAGGGCAGCAGCAAGCCCCACUGCCUGGGCAAAACCAAAGGGCGCACCCACCCAGACAUCCGCCCAGAGGUGGUGCGCCGCCUCAGAGACUUCUACCGGCCCUUCAACAUGAAGUUCUACCAGAUGACUGCGCACAACUUUGGCUGGGAUUGAUGUGGGUCGGGGGGUGGGGGGUUGGAGACUUCAUCUGUAUUAUUUUUUUUAUUAUUAUUAUUAAUAUUAUGACUAUUAUCAUUAUUAUUAUUGUCAGAUCCCUGGUAAUUGAAUGGCAAAAUGUGGAGAUAUUGCUAUACAGUAUAUAUAUAUAUAUAUGUAAAAUGUACAGAAAUCUAUUUUAUAAUAAUUUAUUUUUAUUUUUAAGGAAUUAAUUCACUAAGCUGCCUAACCACAUUUCUUCAUAAUAUCCGGCUCAUACAUUUCCUGUUUUGCUUUAGUUUGGCAAUGAACAUUCCUCAUGUCCGUUUGGCAAGCGAUUCCGUCCCGCACGGUCCUGCGCCGGUUUUCCGUUGAUAAAACCAGAAUCAUCGAUGCAUUGGCAACAGAGCUCAAUCAAAAAGCACCAAACUACAAGUACAAAGUGCUCAGAGAGGUUUCCUGACUAUCAUUGGAAUCGCGACUAUCCCAACUAACGCUCGUACUGAUCUUGUGACAAUUGCUAAUAAUGUGACGAGCGAUACCGUCACGAGAAACACGAUCAAAGAUGCAACUUCCAUUGGUGAUGCUAGUUUUGCUACUAUCGAUAGUAUCACUUUUAUCGUUAAAAUCGCUAGCAUGAUACUACUUUACUAGUGUCACUUGUAAAGCUACUAACAAUAGUACCGCUACUAUUAUUCUGACGGCUAGUUUUCAGACUAUUAUUAGGACUGCAACUUUUGUUCCUAUUGCUAGUACUAUAGCUGCCGCUAUUGUUGAUAGGACCGCGACUGUCGAUCGGAGGUGGCAAAUUCAGGUCCAGAAAUCAAAUAAAAACCCUGCCAUUGUUUGGCUUUAGCCACAAAUGCUUCGACUCAACCAGCACAGAAUCACAUGUGCCCCCCACCCCCAUUAUUUUAGCAUCCAGCUGUCAUGUUCUAUGCCUUAUUAAAAAACCCUUCAUGCAUCUCAUGAUCUCUACUCAACAUUUGCCCCAAAUCAAAUUACAUUUACACAUAUCCCACCACCUUAUUAUUUUUUCUUUUUUGCUUUUUCUUGUUUGUUUUCUACUUGAAUCGUUGAUAUGCAAGGAGGGAGAUUGCGCACCGUUGUCGUUGCGCUUUUUGUCUGACUGUACAUGAACAGACGUUGCGUAACAAAACGUGAGGCCUGAAUGUAGCAAAAAAAAAAAAAAAACGCUCUGAUGUUGUGCCUCUUAAAUUUAUACAAUUCCACUCCUGUCAGCUGCUUGUUGUCCUUUUAGUUGCUCUUUUUUUUGCUGGAUUCAAACUCGUGUGUUCACAUCUUGUGUCCAAGGUGCAAUGUUUGAAGAAGCAUUUACAACUGCCAUGUUCUGCGUGGAAAGACCGAUGCUUUUUUUUUUUUUUUUUUUUAGGGAGAGGGUCGAAACGGGACCGCCGCAAUCGUGCGAAACGAGAUUAAAAAGUGACCCAGCAGCUGCAUUGUUUUUAUGUGGUUGAGUUUUAUUCAACCUGACUUGUUUGUCUUACAACACGUGUGACACGGAGGCUCGAAAGACAAUUUUCUUUGGUGUGUGUAUGUGAAUUUGACACGCCAUGCAAAGAGCAAAAUGCAACGGCUGUUUCGAGACAAUUAAAUACUAAACAUUCAUAAUAUUUCUUUGUAUGAAGAAAUAAAUAAGUAUAUAUUUUACCAAA